UUUUUCUCCCUUUGGACUUUCUCAUCCCGCUGUUCUUCACCCUCUCCGGCGUCCCUCUAAUGACCUAUCGCGAUUGUUAGACCACCGUCACGCCGCCGGAACGCUAAAUAGCUCGACUCUGACAACUCUUUUCCAGCGAUGGCUCGAAGAUCCGUACCUAUCCUCAAGCAGCUUCUCUCCAAAUCCUCCGCUUCCGAUAGUCCUGCCCUUUUGUCCUCAUGUUUCAAAUCCCCAAUCGAUGCUCAUAAUAGAUCCGUCACUUAUAUGCCCCGACCUGGAGACGGCGCUCCCCGAACCGUUACCUUGAUUCCCGGAGACGGAAUUGGCCCCUUGGUUACCGGCGCCGUGGAGCAAGUCAUGGAUGCGAUGCACGCCCCUUUGUAUUUCGAGAAGUUUGAGGUUCAUGGCGACAUGAAGAAGGUUCCCCAAGAAGCAAUUGACUCGAUUAAGAAGAAUAAAGUGUGUUUGAAGGGAGGAUUGGUGACCCCUGUUGGCGGUGGUGUGAGUUCGCUGAAUGUGCAGCUGAGGAAGGAGCUUGAUCUCUAUGCGUCGCUUGUGAAUUGCUUUAAUCUUCCUGGGCUUCCUACCAGGCAUGAGAAUGUGGAUAUUGUUGUGAUUAGGGAGAAUACAGAGGGUGAGUACGCAGGUUUGGAGCACGAGGUAGUUCCUGGCGUCGUGGAAAGCCUCAAGGUGAUUACAAAGUUCUGUUCUGAGCGCAUUGCUAAAUAUGCUUUUGAGUAUGCUUACCUGAACAACAGAAAGAAAGUUACGGCCGUGCACAAAGCAAAUAUCAUGAAGCUUGCAGAUGGUCUGUUUCUAGAAUCUUGUCGAGAGGUUGCCAGAAAGUAUCCUGGAAUCAAGUACAAUGAAGUUAUUGUCGACAAUUGCUGCAUGCAACUUGUCUCAAAGCCUGAGCAGUUUGAUGUCAUGGUGACACCCAAUCUGUAUGGAAAUCUUGUAGCAAACACAGCUGCUGGUAUAGCAGGUGGAACAGGAGUUAUGCCGGGAGGCAAUGUUGGUGCUGAUCACGCUGUUUUUGAACAAGGAGCUUCAGCAGGAAAUGUGGGGAAUGAGAGACUAGUGGAACAAAAGAAGGCAAACCCUGUAGCGCUGCUCUUGUCAUCUGCCAUGAUGCUGAGACAUCUCCAGUUUCCUUCUUUUGCGGAUCGAUUAGAGACAGCGGUAGAGAAGGUGAUAUCCGAAGGCAAGUAUCGGACCAAGGACCUCGGCGGGCAGAGCACGACUCAAGAGGUUGUUGAUGCAGUCAUAGCUGCUUUAGAUUGAUCAAGUAAGGGAGAAUAACUUACCCCACCAUUCAUAAACAAUUUAUACCAUUUUUGGGUGGUCAAAAUCCUGCCCAGUUUCCUGAAUCAAGAAACAAGAUAUGCCUUCGCCUUUGAAUUAUUAUUAUGAUUUGUUUCAGUUUUCCCAAGCACACUAGAGUUGGGAAUGCAUUUCUUGUUCCAAUAAUCUCGAUUCAAGACAACAAUUUGUGGUGUAUUUGAUUUGCAAAAUUUGAAGAGAGAGCCAUUCUAUUUUACUU